GGCGGCGGCGGCGGCGGAGGAGAGUUAAAAUGGAAGAUGAGGAGGUCGCCGAGAGCUGGGAGGAGGCGGCUGACAGCGGGUGUCGGGAUUCUGUGGCAACGGAUCGGGGCCUCUGGGCGUGAUCUUCAUCACAUGCCGAAGAAUCAUACAAGUUCCGGCUGUGGCUUAGAGUCCGGAUUCCUGCCUCCAAAGGAAAUAGAUAGACGGUUGGAAAAGAAACUGAAGAUUACACAAAAGGAAAGCAGAAAAUCAAAAUCUCCUCCCAAAGUGCCGAUUGUCAUUCAGGACGACAGCCUUCCCUCAGGUCCUCCUCCACAGAUCAGGAUCUUAAAGAGGCCCACAACUAACGGUGUGCUUAGUAACCCCAACUCUGCGAGCAGACCAGCUUUUCCGGUAAAGUCUCUGGCACAGAGAGAGGCAGAAUACGCAGAAGCCAGAAAACGAAUUCUGGGCAGCGCAAGCCCAGAAGAGGAACAGGAGAAACCCAUUCUAGACAGGCCAACAAGGAUCUCCCAGCCAGAAGAUUCCAGGCCAUCCAAUAAUGUGAUACGGCAGCCACUGGGUCCUGAUGGUUCACAAGGCUUCAAACAACGCAGAUAGAUGUGGGCAAGCGAUCAUGCUGUCGAAAGCAGGGUCCGCUGCCACGGGUUGCACUGCCGUGGUGGACAAAUGGACUUGAGCAGAGGGAACUACCUGGUUUACUUGCACUGUGAUCCCUUUGCUCUGCCCACUGUGACCUUGAACCCCAUGCACUGUGACCCCCUGCUCCACCCACUGUGAUUGGCACACCGACGAGGGCUGUCCCAAGUCACUGUAAAAGGAAGGGGGGGUACGUUAAGGACUCUGAACAGGUGCAGAGAGUCGUGUGUGCCACUUCAGUUGAAGCUAGCGCCAGCAAUAAUGUUUAUCAUACUCAUUAACCUGGGAUUGAAAAGAAGAAUGGGAAGCCUCCCCAAAUGUGCAUGUUGUCUCUCUCUCACUUCUGAGCGAGUUCUGUUUCAAAGGAUCUUUGUUUUUUGUUUGUAAAUCAGAUCAACUUUAAACCAAGUGCAUGGGAAAGGUUUUAACUGUUUAGUUUGUUUUAAUUGAGAGAGGUAGUUGGUAGUGUUCUAAAAAAGGAGUUUCUAGGAAUUUCCACAACAUAAUGGCUAGGAUUUGGCAAGCUUAGCUUCUCGUUCUGUAUUUCCACUGCUGCUAAGCAAAUGGAAGGGGACUUCCAGGUACCUGGGCUUUCUAAUUGCCUUGGGCCCAGAAACCAGUGGAGUCCAGUGGCCCAGUUCACUUACUGCACCUGUCAUAAGCUUGGUUAGUUUUCUGCUGGCUUGAGGAAAAACUUAGUAAUACAUUUCUUGUAUUUGGGGAGAAGGGAAUGUAGACAGAUCCCAUGGAGACACCUACUGCCUGCCUGCUGCUUCCAGCAGAGAAAGCAGGGUGAAGGAACAGGGCUCUGUUGCAUCUAGGUUUACAAGCUAGGAAUAGACUAGUUCAAUACUGUACUGGUCCACUCCGGUUAGUGCAUGGAAAACAUGGGAAUGAGCCUGGCUCUGUGCAGCAUGUGCUUGUCGGAAGGCUGUGUGGCAGGAGGCUGGGCAACCACUGCUCCAAAGGUUUGAACCCUAAGUGGCUUGUGAUGGACCGAUGGCUUAUGGUACAAUUCCAGUGCUGUACUUGAUGCAUUUACUUCUAGAAAUCAGAGACAUCGGGAACAAACCAUGUUCAAUAAAGCUUGGAAAAAAAAUCCCUGUUUUCAUGCAUUGGUGGUAACAAAUGGCUUUCCGCUAAGCUCUGUCCUCCAGCCCCAGAAAAAGAAAGGGGUCUGAGGAAGGGUUCCUGGCCAUGGAAGGAGAAGUUUAAGGUACCACCAAGUCAGCUGUCGCAAGCUGUCAAAUAUAGCUACUCCAUUGCUUCUCCUGUGCCCUCUACUGUCUUGUUGCAUUGUCUAACUGUAUAUUAGACAACAAGGAAGCUGAUCAACUCUUAAUAUUAACUGUCUCAAGGGAUUAGAUGAACACUAAAGCUUCCUUCUGCUGGGGCAACAAGAAUGUAUCUUGUAUGCUGGAAAGGCUCCAGUAGUAGAGAUGUCUCAGCAUGUCGAUAGGACCUGGUACUGUAGACAAGCCUGUGUGGCAUAGAAACAGACUAUAUCUUUCUGUGACAGCAGCCAGAGGCCAAGAAGGAUUUAGAUCGUCCCUUCACCUAACAGGACCGUGGGCUAGUCUGCGUCACUGUGUUUCCAGAAGCUGCCUUUCCACCCAGUUGGUGUUUUGGAGGAUGUAUUCUGUACAGGUGCAAUUUGACACGGGCCACUGUUUGUGCUUAAUAGGUUGAAUAGUGGGCACCUGAACCCAUCCUCUUUUGCCUGAAAGGAAGCAGCUGACCAGAACCUCUGCCUACAGUGAGCUGUAUGGGAGAGUCCCAUACAGUAAACCAAGACAUGUACAGAAAUACAGCAAACUGGUUAAAAUAAACUACCUGUGUACAAAAGAUGAAAUCUACUAGAACAUUGAUCUUUUAACUGAAUUUCUUUUCUGUCCUGCCCUCCUGCGAUUCCCUAAAUCAAGUGAGCCCAUGGAAUGCUUGUUAAAGGAUUACUUUUUUUUUUUUUUUUUUACUCUGCUGUAAUCCGAGAGGUGGGCACAGGUGUACAGAUGUUCCAUAGGCCUGCAGUUGGGCUCAAGUCCUUGUGGUUUUAUACGACUGUAAUCUGAUGUUUACCUAACUUCCUCUCAGGUAGGGCUUGGAAUGUGCUGCAGGAGCACCUGUACAAGCCACGAGCAUCUUUCCCUCAUGGCAGCAAGGAGAAACUGAUGGGAAGAGUCGCUGGAUGGGGGAGGGCAGAAGAGAAGAGGAUGGGAAAAGACAUUAGCAAUAACUGUGUAGUCACCACGCCUUUCCUUAAUCGAUAAUUAAAAUAGCUAUUACUUUGGAUGGCCAGCUGCUGGCAAAAGCCUCCUGAUGUAGCUUCUGAUAUCUUGCCAAUGUUAGGACAACAGUAUCCUUUUUCUGCCACCUGGUAUCCUGUAUAUCAGGGGUUUAACGUCCUUGCUAGCUGCUCAUAGGACAAAAUCCGGUCCUCCAGCAUCACCCUCACAUAACUAAUAUAAGAUUAUGUGGGGGGGAGCUAACCAGAGCACCCCCCUCCAGCUUAUUCAUCCUUAAAGCAUGGUCAGUCAGGAUGCUUCCAACCUGCGGGCAGGGGGGGGCAAUGUUCCUGGAGAAACCUACCACUAGGCCCCCUCUUCCAGGUGGACAGUAGGUCAGUGAUCCUGUCCAGAAAUCAGUGUUGGGAUAAGUCAAAGGCCCUGUUUGCAGAGGGGCUAGAGCUCUUGUUCUAAUACAUGUUUAUAGGGUUUUUUGUGUGUGUUCUUAGGGGCACUUUAUGGUUCUGUGUGUGUGUAUGCGUGUGCGUGUGUGUAUUCGGGUGGUAAGAAGUGCAAAGGUGUGUGCGUCUGCCACAGGACACACAGCUGCCUGUCUCCCCAUGGAAGUGCUCCUAAGUAUGCAGAAAAACAUUUUAUAAAUUGUAUUUUAAAUAAAUGUGUUAAACUUUUUAAAA